AGCACAGGCGGAAGUAGUUCAGAAAAAAAGUGGUCCGGGGAACACCACAGAUUCACGUUAGCUGUCAGCGCACAACUCGAUGGCUUACAGACAGUUAGUACGCAGGGUUUGGGCUUCGUCAGUUAAAGGACGUCGCUGCUUCCCCGUCUCCACAUCUGCCUUCACCUCUUCCUGCGGUCCUGCCAGCCCACCAUGCCGGCCGGCACCGUCUCCCUCGCUGUCCCCGUGCCGCUCCCUGUCCCUCAGCCCCGCCCUCCGCGUGUCCUUUAAUGUGCAAGACGGAGACGACUUCACAGAGAGGGUUAUCAACAGCGACCUGCCCGUACUGGUGGACUUCCACGCGAACUGGUGUGGGCCUUGUAAGAUCCUGGGGCCAAGGUUGGAGAAGGCAGUUGCUAAGCAGCAGGGUCGUGUUACCAUGGCAAAGGUUGAUAUCGAUGAGCACACCGAUCUGGCCAUUGAGUAUGAGGUGUCUGCCGUCCCCACCGUGAUCGCCAUGCGGGACGGUCACAUCAUUGACCGGUUUGUGGGCAUCAAAGAUGAAGACCAGAUAGACUCCUUUGUGGGCAAGCUCACUGGGUAGUGAAACGGAGAUAUUCUCCUACCUGUCCCACCUCAUCCAAUCAUAUCCCAAGCACCCUGGCCUGGCACCGCCCCCUUUCAAUCCUCUGAUUCCCAUUGGUCUUUGGUUGAUUCUGACUACUGAGCCUUUCUUACCCCUUCCACACAAUCUGUUUUUUUUCUUCAACUGUCUCAGUGUGGUUGUCCAGGGAUGUGAGAUUUUUUUUUCCAGUCUUUUUGAAUGAUACAUUAAAGGUUACAAAUAUAUAAUACACUGGUAACAUUGCUUUUUGACAAUGAUAAAACAGUUGAAGCCACUGUAUUGUGGUAUGUAACACUGGGCGGCUGUGGAAUACUGCACUGUAGUGUUCUGGACACCUACACAUUCCACACUAAUGUAAUGUGCUGGACCGUAUUUCUUUCCUGUUUUUCCCCCCUUCAACCACAAGAGGGCAGCCAUUUCCCAUCUUGGCCGUGGGGUAGUGCGAACCUAAUACAAAACCAACAUUUUUCUUGGUACUGCUAUUCUUAGGCCUGGAUGAAAUCAAAAUUUGUCUUCAUAUCAAAAACUCAAAAAAAGUUGCAGCUAAAAGGACCUCUUUUUUAUUCAUACACUUUUGCCAAAUCAGUUUUGACCACCAAACGUCCCAAACUGUGUCUGUAUAAAUCAUGUACGAAUGUUGAUUUAAUCCAGGCUGUGUAGGCAGUUAAUAAUGUGAGUGUGGAGUGUGUAUUUCUGCCACUUCAGUGUGAAUUUGUUUCUUUGUCUUUUAUGAUUAUGAAAUCUGUCACACUGAAGAAAUGUUGCAGGUUUGAAAUGUUUUUUUUUUUUUUUUAAAGUCUAAUAAAUUUCAUAAGUGAAUUUAACGAAGAAAA